CUCGUCAGUGAAAGUUUGCUCUGAUCUGUAUGACUCAGAGCUUCCCAAAACUGAGAUUGCUCACACAGUAUAAAGCACGGUGGAGUCUUGUGCACCUCAGGAUCAGCUCUCCAGUGCGGUGUGGACAGAAUGGACGCCAUGCUGGAAAACCCAGUCUUCUCCUGUUUUGUGUUCUACAGCACAAUGCUAAUACUGAAGAUGUACACCAUUGCUGUCAUCACUGGACAAGUGAGGCUACGGAAAAAGGCUUUUGCUAACCCAGAGGAUGCAGAACGCCAUGGAGGAGCACAAUUCUGCCGCACAGACCCAUACGUGGAGCGCUGCAGAAGGGCUCAUAGGAACGACAUGGAAAAUAUCUUUCCCUUCUUGUUUCUGGGUGCCAUCUACUCCAUGACGGGACCAUCAUUGAUAAUAGCUCAAGGUCACUUCCUGGUCUUCUUCCUGGGUCGGGUUGUGCACACUGUGGCCUACCUGCUUGCCCUAAAAGCACCAACACGCUCACUAGCCUACACCAUUGCUCAAGUUCCCUGUGUCUCCAUGGUCAUACAGAUACUUCUCACUGUGUGCUUUUACUGAGGUUCCCCAGUUCUCUACUAGGCAGAACGCUUCAGUAAGUUGUUACUAGUUUAAUUAUUGAACGCUUGAGGACUAAAUAUAAUGCUUCCACACAGUACAUUGUUUGUGGGACAAUUAUAUUAACAGUUCACACUUUUAUGAUAAACUGUUAAGAUGGUAAAGGUCUGUUUUCAUUUCAUUUCGUUGUAUUCGUGGUAAGGCUGCAGUGUCAGGAAUCAAAUGAAAGUUUGAGUAAGGCUUAUUGUCCUUAAACUAGUGGACCUGAAAGUUUCUCCAGACUGUUUACAAAGCAGUGUCCACUCAACAAAAUGUCCAGGCUCAGUAAAGGCCAUUUCAUCAACAACAAAUCCAUUAUUCAAGUCUUUUUGAACUAAAUGAAUGGUUAUCAUUUUCAAAGAGGCUUACACAGUGUGGGCCUUUCAGAGCUAGUGUAGCAUUAAAUGAAAAAAUGAAAACAGUGAACCAGUGAGUUUAAAGCUGCCAUGUGUGAUUCUGAUAGAAAUUAGCAAAUGCUAGGUGAUUGCUAAAAAUAAACAGCUACAGUACCAAUUCCACCUCUCCCAUCAGAUCUCCAUCAAACACAUGCAUGUGCACUGCCAAUGAUAAUGGUUACAUAUCUGAUUUAACCUUUUAAAAUAUACGAACAGCUAUUUGUUUAGCUGUUGUUAAGGUGAGCUAGCUACAUGCACUCACUCAUUGAGUUACAAGCAAGACUCACUCAUUUAGCCAAAAUCGGAUGCAAUGUCAUCGACAUCAACAAAAUAAUGUUAGCUAAUACAAGUAACUUUCCUAUCUUACACUUGGGCAUUAACUAUUGGGAAUUAAUGCUUUGGAUGAUUAAUUCUGCUAGAAAUAAGACUAUGCAAGGUAAAAUAAUAACCUUCCCCAGAAGUAAAACUAGGUCAACAUCGCUCGCUCAGCUCUCUCCAGCAUCAGAAAGCCAUAUCAAUGUUUAUUGUGUUCUUCUGUGACUCUUCCUAGAUACAAUAGCACACAAAUGUCAUCAUGACAUGUUUAAUUUAUGUCUCAGUUAAUUUGCUAUUAUAUCAUCUGCUGCGUCCAGACAUCCUUGAGUAUAAAAUUAGAUCUAAAAGUGGCAAUGCUACAAGACAUCAUUUUUUCCUGGUGAUUUUUGCAAAAAGCAGAUAAAACAUACGUUUCCGUCUUGCAAUUUUCUUCCUGUGAUUAAUCAGUAUAUCCUGCUUUUUUGAGGUUUUGUUUAGCUGAUAAUCUACCGUGGCCUAUAAGUGCAAAACACGAAUACAUUUUUUUUUUUUUAAAUCAGCAACAAAUCAGAAAACACAACAGCAAAAACAAAAACACAGUAAAUUCAGAAACAUUUACUCAAAAUGGAAAGGGUGACUCCUUAUUGAACAUCACAUGCUCGUUGCUAAUUGAACAUGGUGUAUGACUAUCACAAGGAAAAACUGCACCUUUCAGUUUUGUAUGUUAUUACAGUGAAGAGUAUUUCUUUCUUCUGAGUAACCAAUCGUCCUUUUCAGUGUUCACCUACUCAUCUCUGCCAUUCAAAGUUGGCAGCAUAUCUAAAAUCACAUAAUAUGAAUGCCUUUGAUAAAAACAAGCACAGAUAAAAGCAUGAGUACAUUAACGUAGGCUUGUUUUUCCUCUUAUUGUAAACAUUUGCUGUAAAACCUCUGUAGAUAAUCAGUAACAAGCAUGUGAUGUUUAAUAGGGACCUAACCUUUCCAUUUAGAAUGAAUGCAUCUUCUGGUUUGCUGUUAUGUUUUUGAUUUUUUUAUCUUUUGAUUUUUUGAUGUUUUGAUCUGAUUUUUGCAGUCUUUUUUAUAUGCUUCCUGUCUUUCACAUUAGCUCCUGUUUUAUUAUUUUAGCAUGUUUGCACUUUCUUUGUGCAUGUGCUGCUAUUAUUUAACACAUUAGGCCUAAUAAUAAUAAUAAUCGUCUUGACUAUAGAACCUAGGACAGCCACAGGAACCAGAUUAUUUCUCUUAGCAUCAUCGAUCUUUCAGAAUAGUUUAAUCAUAGGGUUUUUUUUUUUUUUUUUUUUUUUUUUUUAAA